CUUAGUGCCGUUGACAAAUCCCAUUAUCUCAGCCUUUUAAGUCCCUAAUGCAAAACAUUACCUUGUUCAUCAUCAAUCAGAUUCUUGCAGAGAAUCCGUUUCUUUUUAGGGUUUUGAUUUAAAGAAUGGAUAGUCAAAUCAGGGCUAAAUUGAAAAGAAACUUGUUAUCCAAGGCAUGGGAAAGAUAUAAAUCUUUAGGCUCUAAUCCUACCAAAAAACCUUCAAGAAAUGCUCCAAAUUCUCUAACAAAGAGCAAAUCAUGGCACUAUACUACAAAAUUAAGAUCAUCAUCGUCGUCGUCAAGAGCGCCACACGGGUGUUUUCCGGUAUAUGUAGGAGAAGAGAGGCAAAGAUUUGUGAUCAAGGCUAAAUAUGCUAACCAUCCAUUGUUUAAAAUGUUACUUGAAGAUGCAGAGUUGGAAUACGGGUUUAAUAGCGACGGUCCGUUGUUGAUUCCGUGUGAUGUUGAUUUAUUUUAUAAAGUUUUAGCUGAGAUGGAUUGUUGUGGAGAUGAUGAGAUUAGUACAAGAAUUAGCUGUAACGGUUCUUUGUUAGUUCUUUGUAGUCCUAUGCAGAGUUCGGUUAUGAAGAGGUAUGGUUCUUAUAAGAUGCUCAGUUCAUCCAAAAUGUUGAAGUUGAAUGCAACAGUAUGACUGUUUAUAAGUGUUCAAAAUUCAAACUUUUCCUUUCAGUGAUGUUUUAGGUAAUAUUGUCCCUAAAUGACCAAAAGGUCAAUUCACCAUUCAACUUGGCACAAAAUAUAUAUAAAAAAAUCAAUUUUAGGAAAUCGAUCAAAAAACCCAAAAUUUUGCUAAA